CUCCGGACUCCGGAUUCCGUUGCCUAGCUCUCCUGAGUCCUGGGUUCCUGAGUCGUGUUAGACCAGAAAGAUUGUGCUUUCGCCGCUUUACAAUUCACAAUGCCACCACCGUCAACGUGGAACCCGGCCAAGGCGAAGGUGCAACUGAGACUCUCGGUUCAACGGCUUCGCAUAGCGCAGCAGAAGAAGGAGGCACACGCUAAGAGCUCUCGCAGAGACAUCGCCCUUCUCCUCGAGAAGGGGAAAGCGGAGAGCGCGCGAGUCAAGGUAGAAGCUGUUAUCAACGAAGAUGUGAACCUUGAGUUAUACGAGCUUCUUGAACUUUACUGCGAGCUGCUCAUUGCGCGUUUCGGCCUUCUUGACCAAAAUACUCGAGACCCUGAUCCCGGAAUCAGCGAAGGUGUAUGUAGCAUCAUACAUGCAGCUCCAAGAACCGAAGUGAAAGAAUUACUCGUUCUGCGCGACAUGCUCAUGCACAAGUAUGGGCGCGACUUCUCCGCAGCUGCGAUGGAAAAUCGAAGUGGCUGUGUGAGUGAACGUAUAAUGAGGAAACUCAUCAUAGAAACACCCUCGGAACAGCUGGUUGAUGGGUAUCUUGGCGAGAUCGCCAAAGCCUAUAGCGUCAAGUGGGCCUCUACUUCAUCAACCACUGCUGCGGCACAAGGGAGCGUUGUGGAUGGCACAUCAUCAGGCAGCAGCACACCGGAAUCGCUUCCGUUGUAUUCCAGGGAAAUUUCUAAUAAGUUGCCGGAUAUUCCUCCAACUGAAGACGAAACCGUGAAACCCAAGGCAUCAGCCGGAGAAAAAUCCCACCAGAUGGAGCAGAAUUCGAAUGAGGAAACUGAGGAUGAGUUCGCCGUUCUGGCACGACGCUUUGAGGAAUUAAAGAAGCGCUGACUAGGUGUAGUGUACACUCCUCUGCGUGACGCGGCUUAUCUGCUUUUGUGUAUAUCCGAACCUUUAAAGAUUCUCCAUCCUCUUAUGAAGAUAUAUGAUCACGAUUCACGAAUCUUAGUGAGACUUCC